UGUUGGUUUUACACACGUAUGUAACCUGUAUUACCUACAUAUUUUCUAGCAUAUUUCACUUUAACAGAUUUCUUUAGUAGUCACACUAAAAUAACAAAAGUAUUAACCUAAAUCAUCUAUUUUAAAAACAUUAUGAUUCAGAUCGAAAUUUACGAAAAAAAUUGAAAGAGGUGUCAACAGUGCUAACGUUCCAGUUGUUGCAAUGCCUGAGGAGUUGGGGAAAGGUAGGCGAGAAAAGAAAGGAUAAAACACAACUUAUAGUUUGCUUAAGAAUGGCCAGAGCUUUCUUGUGUUGGAUGAGCAGCGAUUUGCCAAAGAAAUACUCCCAAAAUAUUUUAAGCACAACAACACGGCAAGUUUUGUCAGGCAGCUUAAUAUGUAUGGCUUUCGCAAAGUUAUACACAUGGACACGGGUAUUGUGAAACAGGAACGGGAUGGUCCAGUUGAAUUUCAGCAUCCAUUUUUCAAGCAAGACCAAGAUGACUUACUGGAAAAUAUUAAAAGAAAGGUUUCUUCAGCAAGACCAGAGGACAACAGAAUUUGCCAAGAAGACCUCAUGAAGAUCCGGUCCACUGCCCAGAAUGUGCAAGCAAAGCAGCAGAGUCUUGAAUUAAUGCUUACAACAUUGCAGAGGGAGAAUGAAGCACUAUGGAGAGAGGUGUCCGAUCUGAGACAGAAGCAUGCUAAUCAACAAGAAGUCAUGAGAAAGAUUAUACAGUUCAUCAUUUCAUUGGUUCAAAAUAACCAUGUCUUGAGCUUGAAGCGCAAAAGACCUUUAUUGAUGAACAACAAUGGAAACCAAUCAGAACUCAUCCACAAGGGUUCUACAAGCAAUCCUAAUGGUUUAAAGAAAAAACUAAGAAACUCAGAUGAUGUUGUUAUCUAUGAUAUUACUGAUGAUGUUGCAGACAACUUAAAAAACCAAGAGGAGACCGCCCAGAGUAAUCAGGAAAUCAGUAAUACAACUAAUGUGGUUGAAACCAUUAAAGUGGAAGAUGAUAACUGUGAUGACAUGGCAGUAGCGGAUGGUGAAGAAAGUGAAAAGUCAACAAGCGUAUCUACAUCUGAGACACUUGAAACUUCCUCAGCCGUUUCUGAAAGCACUUCCCAAACAAACAAAACUGCGCUUAGUUUGGAAGAUCCUGUAAAAAUGAUGGAUUUGAUUCUAAAUGAAAAUGGCACCCUUUCACAGAAUAUUAAUCUUCUGGGCAAGGUUGAACUGAUGGACUAUUUGGACAGUAUUGACUGCAGCUUGGAAGAUUUCCAGGCCAUGUUGCAUGGGAAACCGUUCAAUAUUGAUCCUGAUCUCAUGCAAGAUCUAUUCAAUCCAAAUUGCCAGAUGAACUCAAGCGAUUUUAACAUCUGCACAACAAAAGGGACCGAACUUCCUAAGGAUGAAGAAAACAAGCCUUCUAAAACCCAUGCUGAUAAACAGUUGAUCGAGUACAAAUCCUGUCCACUUAUGGCUUUCCUGGAUGGAGAUUCCACUUUAAUCACUGAAACAAACACCUUCAUUCCUCAAUUAAGUGAAUCGCUGUUGCUGCACCCUAAAGAAUCAAGUGAUCUUGACACCGCCUUUGAAGUGGACGAACCGACUCAGAGCAAGCUGAUUAGGCUGGAGCCCCUGACGGAAGCUGAAGCCACUGAAGCAACUCUGUUCAAUUUAUGUGACCUGAGUCCUCUAGAAACACCACUUUUGGACAUUUAAAAGAAUAGCAAGGGGUAUGCUUCUUGUAAAUAUUCAUCAAAAUGAUGAUCUAUGUAUUUGCUAGUUUCUUUUGGUACUUUUCUGUGCAAAUACGAUGAGUAGUACUUAUUAUUUGAUUUUGCAAAUAAAUGUACUCUUGAUUCCAGUCCAUUGUUAAUACAUAGCUGAGGUCAAACCAAGUCAAUUUACAGAACUGAGUCUGUUUUGUUAUGCAGAUUGGUUGUAAUUUAAAAUGAAAAACACAAGUUUGUUUUUAAGGUAAACUGCGUAUGUAUUUGUAUGCAACUUGACAUGUAGUGCAGUACACUGCUGUUCAUUGAUGCAUAUUAUCCCAAAGGAAAAAGGAGGUUGUAAAAAUCUUUUUUCAUAAACAUUCAAUUAAAAGGCUGCAAUUCCAUAAGACAAAAGUAAAAUCUAAUGUAUUUUGAGUACUGUAUCUUUAAUUCUACAUUAACAUUACAAAACUUGUACAUUUGGCUUGGAUUUACCUACCAGCAAGCUGAGUGGUAAUGGAAUUAAGUUUUUUCUGUUGCUAGUUGACACAUUAGUAAUUUUUUAUAUGAAUUGUUCAUAACCCAUUUGCUGUAAAAGCUCCAGAAAGAAUGUUUUAAAAUGUUGUUACUGGAUUUUAUAUUGAAAGCUUUGGGAGUUUACAAAAAGAGAUGAAGUGCCUGUAUCUUGUUUGGUUCCUGUCUUUGUAAGUUCAGUGUUGCUAGUUUUUCAUUAAUUUGGUAAUGUAUAGAGCCAACAAUUUAAUGUUUUGCUUUUGAUGUUGUCUAUCUGUAUACAUGCAGUGGUAUUUGGUGCUACAUGGUCCACAAACUGCUGGUCAUUUUGAAUAUUAUUUUUCUUAUCCUUUUA